GAAUGGCUCUGAAACACAUUUAGUUAGACACGACAGUUAAGAAGAAGAGCUGAAAACACCUGAUGAUCCUGGACAAUCCGCUCCAUUUCCACUUCUAGUGUCGGAAGAUAACCUACCUCGAAUCAUAAUUUUUGUAGAGUGCUGUUUCCCUUUUUUUACUCUGAAGACUCUGUUUUAAGUUAAAUAUUUCAUCCUGCUCUUUAUAGUACUAAUUAUAAGUGAUCAACUGAUCAGGACAUAUUGCACUAUAUUUGUAUUUUUAUUUAUUCUAUUUUGCACUAAAGUUUUGGUGAAGAUGCAUACCACGCAAAAGGACACGACCUAUACGAAGAUAUUUGUCGGGGGUCUUCCCUAUCACACCACUGAUUCCAGUCUCAGGAAAUAUUUUGAAGUUUUCGGUGAGAUCGAAGAGGCUGUAGUGAUUACGGAUAGACAGACCGGAAAGUCCAGGGGGUAUGGAUUCGUGACAAUGUCAGACCGCUCAGCAGCAGACAGGGCUUGUAAGGACCCUAACCCCAUCAUCGACGGCAGGAAGGCCAAUGUUAACCUAGCCUACUUGGGUGCCAAGCCACGUGUCAUGCAGCCAGGGUUUACCUUUGGUGUUCCCCAAAUUCACCCAGCAUUCAUCCAAAGGCCUUAUGGGAUUCCAGCUCACUACGUGUACCCCCAGGCGUUCAUGCAGCCCAGUAUGGUCAUCCCACACGUGCAGCCCAGUGCUGCCACCUCCGCCGCUGCCACCUCGCCCUACAUCGACUACACGGGCGCCGCCUACGCCCAGUACUCCGCCGCUGCCGCUAGCGCUGCCGCAGCCUACGAGCAGUAUCCCUACGCCGCCUCCCCAGCGGCGGCAGGAUACGUGGCAGCUGCCGGCUACGGCUAUGCGGUCCAGCAGCCGCUUGCCACAGCCGCACCGGGGUCUGCUGCCGCUGCAGCCUUCGGCCAAUAUCAGCCCCAGCAGCUGCAAGCUGACCGCAUGCAGUAGCAGCCACAGCAGUCAUUGGACAGGAGGGGUGGAGGAGAGCCCCGCCCCCAUCCCGGGAUGAUUGGCUAUGAGGAAGAGCGUUGGAGGAAGAGGGAUUGGCCGGAGGCGUGGGCGGGUCAGUGAGUUGCUACGAGGAUGGUGAUGAUGUCGAUGAUGGUGGUGAUGGUGGUGAGGGUGAGGUGGGAACUUCAUACAGUAGCUUUCCAACUUGCUGUGCUUAAACCCCCAAAAUAAGAGAAAACUCAGAGCAAGUAAGAAAGGUGAUUGAUUAUCGUUAUUAUUACUAUUAUCAUUUUUACUAUUAUUAUUAUUGUAGUAAAGUAUUUAUUUAUAUAGGAGAAAUGCAAGGACUAAUCUCUGUGGUUGGUAUAGGUGUUAAUUAAGGCCUUAUUCAGUCCCAUUGCUGUCUAAAACAUAGGAGAUUAUUCUCUUUGAGGGAAUUUAGGGGCAUCUCUAAAGUCUACUUUUGGUUCGGAAGUCCUCAUAAUCUGUAUUUAUAAUGACAUUUUGGGGGCCAUGUUGUAAUCUUGUCAUUUCAAAUGCAUUUGAAGUUGAACUUUUUUUCUGAGAAUCAGGGAAAUGGAGCUGUUUCCAGCAUGUUAGCUGGAAACAUGUCAAGCUCUGCUUGACCAGGAUCUAGCUGUGGAGAAGAGUGAAAGAGUCAUGGCUCAUGUUGCUCAUGUUUAAAAAUGACCUUCUUAAUCUUCCUCAUGCUGAAUGUUGCUUUUUUACUCUGUAUCUCGACCUCUUGACCUAUGCAAUACAAAUAAAUAACCAGGACGCAAAAGCUGCAGGAAAAUAAAUAAAUAGAAACUGUCAUCAUGGAUUUCACAGCUGGGCAUGGUGAACCAUCGGAGGCACAAAGAGGGAGGGGAAAAUGCUUCUGACAAUGAGAAACACCAAAUCAGUACAUUUUUGUAAACACACGCACAGGCACACACAGGAACACACAG